CGCGCGGAAUCGCCUUUUAAGCGGAAUUGUACUUCGACAGUUGAUAUUUGAAUCAGAACAAGACGAAGAAGUGAAGACAUCAUCGUGUGUUGGACAAUAUUAGAUGUCCUUUGAGGAAUUUUGUGGUGGUCCCUUCUGGGACGGCCAGCUGGAAUGGCAAGAUAGCAAUCCGGACUUGACAUUCUGCUUCCAGCGUGUUGCACUUCAAUGGAUUCCUUGCUUCUUCCUGAUCGUCUUCUCCUUGUAUGAAGUCUACAAAUUCGGCACCAGCCGUUACCGAGAUAUACCAUGGAAUUGGUACAAUCUCUCAAAGAUGCUGGUCACAUUCACGUUGAUGUGCAUGAAUUGGAUCGAUCUGGGAAUGGUUGUGACCUACAAGGACGAGCAAGGAUUGUUCGACGUUCAAAUCGUGACUGCGAUAUUGAAUGCCAUUUCUUAUAUCGUUUUAUUGGUAUUGAUGUACUUCCAACGAAGAUACGGCAUAAGAAGUUCCGGAACAGUGUUCAUUUUCUGGUUCAUGCGGAUGUUCUUCGGUAUCCUGCAGCUUCGAACGGAAAUACAAAAUAAGGAAAUUCGAGGUGAAGUAACAGGCGAUGGUGUCAACUUUUGGGAGUUCCAGUACGUCAGCUACUGCAUCCAAUAUGCUUUCAUCUGUUUGGUGUUGGUCGCAGAAUUGUUCCCGGAUAAGGAACCACAGUACAGUGAUUACCCGGAGUCAAAGAAUCCAAGCCCUGAAUUACGGUCCAGCUAUUUCGUUCGGCUGUUUUUCGCGUAUUUUGACUCGUUUUCGUGGCGCGGUUUCCGCAAUCCGCUCACCACUGAUGACAUGUACGACAUCAAUCCCCAGGAUGCGUCCCGAGAAUUAGUGCCACCAUUCGAUAAAUAUUGGUACGAGAGCGUGGAAAAAGGCCGUCAUAAACAAAUUGCCACUGACAAAAAGGCUGGAAAGACAAACGUCCAAUACAAGCCACACGCGGAAACCAAUGGGUCCGUAUUGCCUGCCAUCGUCAAAGCUUACGGUGCGCCAUUUUGGUUUGCGGGUUUGUAUCAGCUGGCCAUCGCAGGACUACAGUUUGCCAACCCCUAUCUUAUGCAGGAACUUAUGAAAUGGGUUGCCCUGGAUGGCCCAGAUUGGCAAGGAAUCAUACUGACAUUCGGAUUGUUUGCAGCAUCUUUACUGGUGGCGUUAUUCAACGGGCAGUACUACUACAACACAUUCCUGACUGGAUUCCGUAUUCGUACCGGUCUAAUCAGCGGCAUCUACCGCAAGGCACUUAGAAUAUCCAGCUUUGCAAAGAAAGAUACUACCGUGGGUGAGAUUGUCAAUCUGAUGGCGGUCGAUGCGCAGCGGUUUUUUGAAUUGACUUCUUACCUGCAUGUCCUCUGGUCGGCUCCAUUGAUGAUCGCCCUCUGCAUCUAUCUGCUAUACGACUACCUGGGUGUUGCCGUAUUUGCCGGUCUUGGUGUUAUGAUUUUGAUGACCCCGGUAACCGGUUUUGUAUCCACUCAGUUGCGUGAUCUCCAGGUUGACCAGAUGAAGAUCAAGGACGAUCGCGUGAAGAAGAUGAACGAGAUUCUUGGUGGAAUCAAGGUGCUCAAAUUGUACGCAUGGGAAAAAAGUUUCCAGGACUCUAUUCUGGAAGUGCGAGAUAAGGAAAUCGGAAUUCUGAAAAAGAUGGCGUACUACGGAGCUGGAAUUUUUUUCACCUUUACCAUAGCCCCAUUCCUCGUAACUUUAGUUUCCUUUGCCGUGUACAUUUUCAUGGAUGAAAACAAUCAUCUGGAUGCUCAAACGGCCUUCGUUUCCUUGGCCUUGUUCAAUAUUCUACGAGUUCCUUUGGGAUGGCUUCCAAUGAUGGUGACUUUCGCGAUGCAGGCUUGGGUGUCGAUUAAGCGUAUCGACAAGUUUAUGAACAGCGCCGAGCUUGACCCAAAUAAUGUGACACAUCACAAGAGUGACAAAGCAUUGUACAUCAAGGACGGUACAUUUUCCUGGGGAGAAGAUUCGCCAACGCUGAAGAACAUUCAUUUGUCUUUAAUGAAGGGGCAGUUGUCGGCAAUUGUUGGCGGUGUUGGAACGGGAAAGAGUUCGCUCAUUAGUGCCCUGCUUGGUGAAAUGGAAAAGAUCAGUGGUUCGGUGAAUACGGACGGUACGAUCGCUUAUGUCCCGCAGCAAGCUUGGAUUCAAAAUGCUACGCUUCGCGACAACAUCUUAUUCGGGAGAAAGUAUGACCAAAAAAAGUACGACCGUGUUAUCGAAUGUUGUGCCUUGAAACCAGAUCUUGAUAUGCUACCGGGUGGUGAUUCUACUGAAAUCGGUGAAAAGGGUAUCAACUUGUCUGGUGGACAGAAGCAAAGAGUUUCCUUGGCCCGAGCUGUCUACGCAGACGCGGAUAUUUACCUUUUUGAUGAUCCUCUGAGUGCGGUUGAUGCUCAUGUAGGAAAGCACAUCUUUGAAAAGGUUAUUGGUCCACAAGGUAUUCUGAGUGGCAGAUCACGUUUACUGGUGACACACGGAAUUUCGUUCUUGCCGCAAGUGGAGGAAAUUUUCGUUGUAAAGGAAGGAGAGAUUUCGGAAAGUGGAUCAUACCAGCAGUUGCUGGAUCAGAAGGGUGCCUUUGCAGAGUUCCUCACUCAACACAUUCAAGAUUUGGACGAUGAAGACGAAGAAAUUCAAAUCCUCCAGGAAACACUGAAUGAUGAUGUUACAAAACGUGCCAUCGUGCAACGGUUGACUUCCAUUCGUUCUGAUCAUUCUGACGAGAGCGCACCUCGAAAGCGCAUCAGCCGUAAUGAGUCCCGUUCCAGUUACAGAAAAGAAAAACCAACCCAAAUAGUCCCCAAAGCCACUCUAAUAGAGAAAGAAGAAUCAGCAACCGGAGGAGUAACGUUAGCCGUCUACAUAAAAUACAUCAAAGGUAUUGGCCUAUCUCUUGGACUUUACUCUGUCGUGUUCAGCAUUAUCACCCAAGGAGCUGGAGUUUAUUCCAGUCUUUGGCUUUCGGACUGGUCCGAAGAUCCGAAAGCCAUCACCGAUACAACCGUCCGGGACACGUACCUUGGAGUGUACGGGGCCUUGGGUGGUGUCCAAGCGAUUGCUUUGUUCAUCGGAUCUGUGGCGAUUGGUUUGGGCAGUCUUAAGGCUGCCAAAGAGCUCCAUGACAAUCUUCUGGAAAGUUCGAUGAAGAUGCCCAUGUCAUUCUUCGAUACCACUCCCCUUGGACGUAUUAUCAAUCGGUUUUCCAAAGACGUGGAUGUGAUGGACAACGUGCUGCCUGCGACCAUACGCGCUUGGCUAUUGUUCUUCUGCAGUGUCAUCGGAGUGUUUGUUGUUAUUGGAAUAUCCACACCAAUUUUCCUGGCUGUUGUUCCACCGCUUGCAGUGAUUUACUACUUUAUCCAAAGUGUUUACAUAGCGACGUCGAGACAGUUGAAACGUUUGGAGUCCGUCACUCGUAGUCCCAUCUAUUCUCAUUUUGGUGAGAGUAUCAGCGGCCAAUCCACUAUCCGUGCCUAUAACGAGCAGGCAAGAUUCACCCUAGAUUCCGAAGAUAAAGUGGACUUCAACCAGAAGGUAUCUUAUCCAACGAUAAUUGCGAAUCGAUGGUUAGCAAUUCGGCUGGAAAUCGUUGGUAGUUUGGUAGUCCUAUUUGCUGCACUAUUUGCAGUGCUUGCGAAGGACACCAUUGGACCAGCUACCGUUGGACUAUCUAUUUCUUAUGCCCUUCAAAUCUCUUCCACGUUGAGUUUCAUGGUGAGAAUGACCGCUGAAGUGGAAACAAACAUCGUCGCUGUGGAACGUUUGGAAGAAUAUACUGUUUUGCCGAGGGAAGAUGCAUGGCAGAAGGGCUCAGUUGACAAGAGCUGGCCGUCGGAAGGAAAUGUAGUGUUCAAGGACUUUAAACUACGAUAUCGGGAAGGAUUGGAGCUGGUCAUCAAAGGCAUUUCAAUCGACGUUAAAGGUGGCGAGAAGAUUGGAAUUGUAGGAAGGACUGGUGCUGGAAAAUCGAGUUUGACAUUAGGACUAUUCAGAAUUGUGGAAGCUGCUGGGGGACAAAUCAUCAUCGACGGUGUCGAUAUUUCGCAAAUCGGACUUCACCAGCUGCGAGGACGGCUGACCAUCAUUCCUCAGGAUCCGGUGCUCUUCUCCGGAACCCUGCGUAUGAAUGUCGAUCCAUUCGGUACUUAUUCCGACGAUCAGGUGUGGAAAGCACUGGAACUAUCACAUCUGAAAACCUUUGUGAAAGGUUUGCCAGCUGGACUGACACAUGAAAUAGCCGAAAAUGGAGAGAACCUCUCCGUCGGUCAGCGCCAACUAAUCUGUCUGGCCAGAGCCGUCUUGCGGAAAACGAAGGUUUUGAUUUUGGAUGAGGCGACUGCUGCGAUUGAUUUAGAAACGGAUGACUUGAUUCAGAAAACAAUCCGUACGGAGUUUGCCGAGUGCACAAUUCUGACGAUCGCUCAUCGUCUCAACACAAUUCUGGAUUCCGACAAGGUGUUGGUGUUGGACAAGGGUCUCGUGGCCGAAUGUGAUUCACCGCAGAAUCUACUUGCAGAUAGGAAUACUAUUUUCCAUAGUAUGGCGAAGAAUGCGGGUAUUGUUAGUUGAGUUCGAGAUUUUAGAUUGGAAAGUAAAUUCAUGUGGUUGUUUUAAAUUGUAUAUUUAUGUAAUAUAUUAGUUAUAAAAGCAGAACACUGUCAAUA